CACAAGGUUCAUAUCACAUUUAGAAAUUCCUCAUCAUGAAACAGGUUUAAAUAUUGUCAUCGAUACACCUAACAUGUGUUGUAAUACUUUUAAAAUGCCCCACUCAAUACUUCUUGUCAAAUAUAUACUUCUAUGUAGCAUCACUUUAGUGUAUACUAUUCCGAUGCUUACAUUGGUUAAUAACAAUCACACUGGUAUAAAAUAUCCAAUAAUUUUAAUUCCUGGUUUGGGUGGUAGUCAAGCUUAUUGCAAACCUAAGGAUGUGGGCAGUUCUUUUGCUCCAUUUAAUCUCUGGAUCAACUUUUUUCACAUGUUAUUACCUAACAAAGUAUUCGAUUACUUCAGAUUACAACAUGAUCCAUACACCUAUGAGUCACAUGAUUCAAAUGAAUGUGAUGUAACAUUUCCCGGAUGGGGUGAUACAUGGUCUGUGGAAUAUCUAUCACAACAUAUAUCUUUUGAGUACUUCGGUUCACUUGUGUCAGAACUGAUGAAAGACAAAUUUUAUGUGAGAAACUUCACAAUGCGUGGAGCUCCAUAUGACUUUAGAAAAUCACCAGAUGAUAACAAACAAUUUGUAAUGAAAUUCAAACAUUUAGUAGAAGAAACUUAUACAAAUGGAUUGGAUCGACCAGUGGUUCUAUUAGGCCACAGUUUGGGUAGUCUGUACACAUUAUACUUUCUCAAAAAUCAAACUAAACAUUGGAAACAAAAGUAUAUUAAAUCAUUCCUAUCUGUAUCAGCACCACUUGGUGGAACAGUUAAUGCACUUAUGUCCGUAACUAGUGGUGAGAAUUUAGGCGUAUUUAUUCAAAAUCCAUUGCUAUAUCGAGAUGUGAUCCGUACAAUGACAUCAGUAAUUGCUGUACUACCAAAUCCUAAACUAUGGUCUAAAGAUGAGAUUUUAAUUGUUACACCGUUUAAAAAUUACACAGUUCACGAUUAUCCAGAAUACUUCAGUGAUUCCAAUUAUCUUACAGGUUAUAAACUAUUCACACGUUAUCUAUCUGCAUUUGACCCACUCGAAGCUCCCGAACAUGUACCUGAAGUCUACUGUAUCUAUGGUUCUGGACUAUUAUCAGUAGAACAAGUCAUUUACAAAUCACCUAGUCUCUUCAUUUCAGCAUUUCCAAAUCAAUCACCCAGAAUUAUAUAUGGAGAUGGCGAUGGUACAGUGAAUCUACGCAGUUUAAAAGUUUGUACAAAAUGGCCCACAGCUAAAGUAGUUGAAUUCAUUACUUCUGAACAUAGACCAAUUUUGAGUGAAAGGCGAUUUAUUGAUUUUGUGAAACAACAUAUGAAUAUCUAACCUUAAUAGUAUUAUAACUAUCAUUAUUAUUUCUACUGUUUAUACUAAUAUGUUUAUUAUUAACAGUAAAUCCUAUAUGACCAACUAUUUUCAUUGUUUUAUUCAAACAUAUUGAUUUUCAUAUCUUGAACAAGUACAAACAACAGUUGUGAGUUGGUGGAGAAGAUUUGUAGCUCUCUGAGCUCAGCUCAGAGAACAAAACUCCGUCAAAAACAGUUGUGAGUACAUAGUGAAGUGGAAAAUAAUCAAAGUGUUUCUUAUUUUCGUUUUUUUCUUACAACUAACAACAACAAUACUGUUAUUACUGAAUUGGAGGAAAACUAUUUAAAAGUGUAUAACAUAAAUAAACUGUACGUGUGAAACAUUAACGACUGUCCACUAAUAACUUUAAACAUAAAUAGACAUAUGAAAUUCACUUAAUAACGUAAU